UCUUUCUCGGUUCACACCUCCAAGCUUCCACUCUACUACACUCUUCAUUUCACAAACCCCCCCCCGCCCUCUCUCUCUCUCUCUCUCUCUCUCUCUCUCUCUCUCAUAUUUUUGUUUUGUUUUUCCUCUUUUUUGAAGCUUCAUAGAGUAAGGGGGUGUUGAAAUGAGAGGUCCUUUGGGAGCAGUGAUAGGGAGGUACCCAUCAAGUGAUGGGAAUACCCAAAUGGGUGGGAUCAUUAGGCACAACAGGAAAUGCAGAGAUAUUGCUUUUCUUGUGAUCUUUAUAGCCUUCUGGGUUGCUAUGAUUGUUAACUCCAGCUUUGGGUUCAACCAAGGAAACCCAUUAAGGCUUACAUAUGGUCUGGACUAUAAAGGAAAUGUGUGUGGUGAAAAGCAUGCAAAACGUGACCUUCGUGAAUUGGAGCUUAGAUACUGGUUAGAUCCUAAUCAGGUUUAUCAAAGUGGUUUGAAAAGCAACCAAUUUAAAUUGGCCAAUGCCCGGAGUAUAUGCUUGUUGGAUUGCCCUAUCCCCCUUGAUGAUCAACUAAAUUGGGUAUGCGACUAUCCAGAAGGAGAUAUCCAUCUUUCAAUGGGAGAUUGGAUUAAUAUGAAUUAUGAUUAUUAUGAGUUCCUUACACCAGAAAUGAGGAACACCUCUCUUCAACUUCAAGGUCCUUGUUACCCUGUAAUAUUUCCAAGUGUAAAUGUUUAUUGGAGCUGCCAGUUUAUUGCUCGUGCAUCAAACAUGUCUUUGAGGCAUUGGCAGCAGAUGGGUGGUGUGAAAAUCAACGAGGAUAUCAUAAUUGACAAAUCUAUUCACAGGUCCAUCAAUUCUAGGUCAUCUGUCUUAAAGCGAUACAUGGCUGAUAUUGGAAAAGCAUGGCCAGUGUUGAUUGUUUGUGGAGGAAUCUUGCCGUUGUUUUUAUCAGUGAUUUGGCUGCUGAUGAUUCGACAUUUUGUUGUUGCAAUGCCUUGGAUAACGGUGGCCCUCUUCAAUGUUCUCAUGGUAUCAGUAACAAUGUUUUACUACCUAAAAGCUGGAUGGAUAGGGAACGACGCCAUCUCCCCCAUCAUUGGUGAGCAUGAUCCAUACAUUCAUGUAUUUGGAAGGGAGAUCAAUCAUCUUCGUGCUGCAGCAGUUCUUAUGACAUUUAUUAUGGUGGUUGCUGUUCUUACAUCAAUUGUCAUUGUCCGCCGCAUCAUUAUGGCAACAUCUGUCCUCAAGGUUGCUGCAAAGGUCAUAGGAGAAGUGCAAGCGCUCAUAAUUUUUCCAAUCAUACCAUAUACUAUCCUUGCAAUAUUUUACAUGUUCUGGUUUUCAGCUGCUCUCCAUCUCUUCAGUUCUGGUCAAGUCGUCCAGAAUAACUGCAACACUAACUGCUGUGCUUAUGAUCUUGUGUCAAAACGGGUAAACUGUGAUCAUUGCUGUGGCUAUAGCAUUAAUUACACUCCUCAUAUAGGAGUUGCCAUCCUUUUCCACCUAUUUGGGUGUUACUGGGCAACACAAUUUUUAAUAGCAUGCUCAUCGACGGUGAUUGCUGGUUCUGUUGCUUCCUAUUAUUGGGCUGGUGGUGCAACAUCACAGCCUGAAAUUCCAUUUCUUCCAGUUUUUUCCUCCAUGAAGAGGCUUAUGCGUUACAGCCUUGGCUCUGUUGCUCUUGGCUCCCUUAUCGUAUCAUUUGUGGAAUCAAUCCGCUUUAUGCUUGAGUCAAUUCGUCGCAGACUGAAAGUUUCUAGUACCACACCUGAUAGCUGGAUAGGAAAAGCCGCAUUCCAUUCAUCUCGGUGUUGCCUCAGGUGUAUUGAGUGGACUAUAAAGUCUGUGAACCGCAAUGCCUACAUUAUGGUUGCCAUCACAGGUAAAAGCUUCUGCAAGGCUUCUGCAAUUGCAACAGAAUUGAUCCUCAACAACAUCCUUCGAAUAGGAAGGGUGAAUGUGAUUGGAGAUGUUAUUCUAUUUCUUGGAAAAUUGUGUGUCAGCCUUUCAAGCGCUCUUUUUGCUUUCCUCAUGUUGGAUGCCCACAAAUACAGAUCUGGCCAUAACAAGAUCACUUCCCCGCUGUUUCCUGUAUUGGUUUGUUGGUGUCUUGGUUACAUCGUGGCCACUCUUUUCUUUGGAGUGGUGGAGAUGUCAAUCGAUACCAUCAUCCUUUCAUUCUGCCAGGAUUCCGAGGAGCACCAAGGGACAGCCCAAUAUGCGCCUCCCCUUCUCAUGGAAACUCUUAAUGAUCAAAAUGAGAUGCAGAGACUCACUCAAGGACCCCAUUAAAAACAUCUCAGACGUACCAUUUUCCUUUCGCAUUCAGAAUCUUUUGCAUGUUAUAUUAUUAGAAGGCGUCCUUAUGCUCUCGCUUUUCCCCCCGAGUUUUGAGAUUAUACCUGUAUGUGCUUCGUUACUAGAGAAAAGCAUGUGGGAAAGAAUGCCUUGGAUGAAGUUUUUGCAACAUCAUGGAUCGUAAUGUAAGAAGCUCAUGGAAAACUGGGUUUUGCAUACAGUAUAAAAGUAAAUGCAACCUUCUACAAA